UAGAACUCUAAGAGGGUUAUUUUGAGGUCGCACUCGGUUUGUUCACCUCACAUUGCUUCAAUUCUCUGCUUGCUUAGUCAAUACAAUCUUUAAAACAAAUCCUUUGCAGCCAAAAAUUUAAAAAGGGGGAAAAGAAAGAGCUAAACACCGACUCGAUCACCUUGUUGUGAAACACUCAAAGAUGAAGAACGGCAACACCAAGCUGAUUCUUCUCCACCCUUACAUCCAAAAGCAAGGGAGCUCCAACCGGCUAUGGCUUCUCACCUUCAUGUCCUUGUUCACCCUCGCCUUUCUCCUCACAAUCAUAUACACCAGCGGAUUGUACGCAUAUUCAACAGCAACUACAACAACCACCACAACUGCUAAUAUAGCCACCGCCGCCCUAACCGCCACCAACGCUCCAAUGCCGACCACCGUGAUCAACACACUCCUCUAUUACGCAUCGAAAUCAAACGACACGUUCAAAAUGUCAUACUCCGAUAUCAAACCCAUCUCGGACGUACUAAGAAAAUGCUCCUCCCCAUGUAACUUCUUAAUCUUCGGCCUCACCCACGAGACCCUUCUCUGGAAAGCCCUAAACCACAACGGCCGGACGGUCUUCAUCGACGAGAACCGCUACUAUGCCGCCUACAUGGAAGAAAAGCACCCUGAAAUCGACGCCUACGAUGUUCAAUACACGACCAAGACUAGAGAGAUGUCAGAGUUGAUCAAGGCCGCGAAAGAACAGAUCAGAAACGAGUGCCGGCCGGUUCAGAAUCUCUUGUUCUCAGAAUGCAAGCUCGGAAUCAAUGAUCUUCCAAACCAUGUCUACGAGGUGGACUGGGACUUGAUCUUGAUCGACGGGCCGAGAGGAGACUGGCCUGAUUCUCCCGGUAGGAUCUCUCCCAUCUUCACCUCCGGCGUUCUGGCCCGGAGCAAAAAAGGCGGGAGCGGGAAGACUCACGUGUUCGUUCAUGACUUCAGGAGAAACGUGGAGAGGGUUUGCGGGGAAGAGUUUCUUUGCCGAGAGAAUUUGGUGGAGGAAAGCGCAACGAUGGGGCAUUAUGUGGUGGAGAGGAUGGAGGAGACUAGCUUCCAGUUCUGCCGCAACAACAACAACAACAACAACAACAACCACCGUGAAGUGACGUCAACUUCGGCGAAUAACUCUUCUUCUUCUUAGUCGUCGUCUAAGUAAUUGUGGGUAUGUUAAUAACGAUCAUCUAUACAGAUUCAUGACAAUAGUACGUUAUGGGCAUGGGAUAUAUAGCAUUGGCGCCAUAAGGAAGUCAAAUUUGUAACGUUGGGGUUGUAAAUU